AUGGCCGCAAAGCUCGACCUGGAGCAGCUGACUCAGGUCUUCCGGUCUCGUCCUGACAUCCUCGAGGGUAUCCGGCACGCUGCCGAUUCCGAUGUGCGGAUUCAGCUCUUCGACGACGUCGCCAGCUUCAUACACGGCCAGACAACCUCUGCGUCGUCCACAACAGGCUCAGAGCCCUCGCUCAAGCGACGGCGCGUCGACAUUGAGCCGACGAAAAAUGGCAGCGCCUUGGAGGUCCCUUCAGCGCAAGAUGUGGCCGCGGAAAGCACACUGCUUGAGGUCAAGGAUAUCUCAGUAUCCAUACCGCAGCGCAAGAAGCUUGACUUGUGUUUCACAAAGCAGCACAUCUAUGCCAGGGCGACAGGCACCACGAUACCCGUGACAGGGGCUAUAUUUGCAUGGAAGAACAUAGAAUAUGCGUUCUACCUGCCAGUGCCGGAAAAGGCCCAGAUACAACACAACUACAUCCUUUUCCCACGAAACUCGUACUUUUCUACGAAAAAUAGCCCUGCGCCCGAAGACCCGCUGAUGUUCACGAUCCCUGCGGGUGCCCCCAAACCAGGAGCCAUAGGCGGCCCGAACGCGGCAGCAGCGGCCUCUGUGUCAGACACAUUCACCACGCUCCUCCAUUGGGCAAUCAACAAAUGCCUACAAGCAGCGGGACACAAUGUGCAAAUUGUCGCGGCGGACCCGGCCAAGUUCCACAGCAUGAUAAAGCAGCCACACCGGCCGAAAGAGCAAGCCGUGCACGUCAAGGCGUUCCGAGGAUCCAAGGACGGCUACCUGUUCUUCCUGGAGAACGGCAUUCUUUGGGGCUUCAAGAAGCCGCUCAUGUUUAUUCCGCUGGACCGCAUUGCGUCCGUAAGCUACACCAGUGUCCUACAGCGGACAUUCAACAUGGUUGUGGAGAUAUUCACGGGCGAGAAAGUAGACGGCGAGGAGGAGACGGAGGAGAUUGAGUUUUCCAUGCUAGACCAGGAAGACUAUGGCGGUAUCAACGGAGACUAUGUUGCACGCCACGGUCUGCAAGACCGCAACAUGGCGGACCAGCGGAAGGCCAAGAGAGAGCUGAUUGAGAACUCCAAGGGCAAGAAGGGAGAGGAAGGCGCAAAUGGCGCGAACGGCGAGGAGGCUGCUGGCGAGGACGACGGCCUGACAGAGCUGGAGCGGGCACAGAAAGAGGCGGAGCAGCAGCUCCAAGAUGAUGAGGAUGAAGACGAGGAAGACUACGAUCCGGGCAGUGACGGUGACAGCGAUGGCUCGGGGACGAGCUCGGAAGAGGAGGACGAUGAUGAUGAUGCGAACGGUGAAGCAGCUGCGGAUGAUGAUGAAGAGGACGAUGAUGAAGAAAUGGGUGAUGGUAAGGAAUGA